UUUUCAUGUUGGUCACUUUUUUUGUUUUCAUGUAGGAUGACAUUUCUUUUGAUCAUUUAGCGAUUACUCUUUGUUAAUUUCUUCGUUUUUUAUUGUAAUUGUACAUUCUAUCCAAGUUUAUAUCAUCUUUAUUUCUGCCAACAUGCUCUUGGAAUGUGCUGUUUCGGUACAUGCUCAUGGUGAAAUGGGUAGAUGGUCUAGAGCUAAAGUGGGAUUAUGUAAACAAAAAAAGACGACUUUUUUGAUGGUUACAACUGCUCAAAAAUCUUACAAAUUUUCGAUCGAGAGUUUGAAGAAAAUCCAUUCGGCUGCUUUGGAAUUCAGGGAGCCUAAUCGUAUAGUCAAUUUAAAAGAUGCUGAUAGUUAUCAAUUGAAAGUAUUGAUGAAGCAAUGCGCUGCCUUAGCCACCGGUAAAAUGGAUCAAGCAAGAGUGCCAUUGAUGUCUACUAAUGAAGCAAUCAAGCCCAAUCCUACAAGUAUUUCUGUUGUCGGUAAAAAUUAUCCAAAGGAUGCAUUCAAAAAUAAGUCUUUACAGAAAGUGACUCUCACUUCGACUUCACCUAUACCAAAAAGCAUUUGGGAUCUGCAUAAUCUAACUUCAUUAACGUUGACUCAAUGUAAACUUCGCGAAUUACCACCAGCUAUUCUAAAGAUUUGUUCAACUUUAAAGAUUCUUGAUUUAUCUCAGAAUGUGAUCAGACGAAUUGAACCUUUUGUUUUGGGUCGAAUGACGAGCUUGGUUUCUCUGGAUUUGUCCCAUAACUGUUUACGUUUUUUACCUCUACACAUUGGAAAGCUUAAAAAAUUGUCAGUACUUAACCUCAGUGAUAAUAAGCUCCAUAGUUUACCAUUCACCUUCGCUGCGCUUGACAAACUUAAAGAACUUAAUCUUUCAAAUAACUGCAUCUCGGGUUUCAAUCAAGUUUUCAUGGAAAAACUUAGCUCUCGAUUAAGAUUAAUCAGCAUAGAUCUUUCUAACAACCAAAGUCCAUCUUACGAGCCUAAAGAUCGCCCAUUUCUUAUACCUGACCUUUUUUCUUUAGCAGCAGCUAAAGUUUUACAACAAUUUGAUUCAAUUACAAAACUUUACCUCCAUUUACCAUAUGACAUGGAAGACUAUAUCCACAUUCGCUCUGAAGUCUGUUGCUCAUGUAAAAAAGCCUUCCUUCGUUUCAAUACAGGGACUCCUUCCAAAAUAUUUUAUCUCGGACGUAUUGCAUCUACUGUUUGUGGAAGUGUUGGUAAUUACAACUAUGCUAAUCAAUAUACCAUCCAUUGUUUCUAUUGUGAACAAAAAUUGGAUUCUGAAUUCACAAAAUAUAAUCUGGAUAAAAAUAUUGUAUGAAAUGCAACAUGAUUAUUUGAAUCGAUAAAUUUCCACGAAAUUUGUUAUUUCUUGACACUUUAUCACACUUUACUCCAUACCUUAUGCCAUAAAUUUUAUGUAUAGUGUAAUAAAUAGUAAAAGAGAAUUAUUGAUCAUUAA